AGGGGCUCGGUCUAUAACUACGCCGCUGACUAAACACUGAUCAGCGAAUCGAGCGCCAAGGCAUUUUAACAGUUAACUGAAAGACUACUAAACAGCUCAACGGUUUUCAACUGAAGAUUGUGACCGUUUAAACGAUAUAACUUUAUUAUAAAUAGGCCUAUCACUUUAAUGUAUUUAUUUUAAGUUUACAUUUGUAAGGAUUGUUUUCCGCUUGACGUUUUGCCGCCAGACAAGUCUAUCUGCUGCAGUUACAUUAAGCCAAUUGAUAAAUCGCUGCUUUUGAGAGGAUUCAAGAGACAUUACAUUACUUUAUCAUGUUUCCAGACUCAAGCACCGGGUACAGCUUCGAGGACUGCAAGGCCACAGCAGACUGGCUGUUGGCCCAGACCUCCGUUCGCCCCGUGGUUGGCAUCGUGUGUGGUUCAGGAAUGGGAGGACUGGCUGACAUGCUGAAAGACCAAGUGGCAUUCAACUACAAGGACAUCCCCAACUUCCCCCAGAGCACAGUGCAUGGCCAUGCUGGACGCUUGGUGUUUGGGACACUGAAGGGAAGGCCAUGCGUGUGCAUGCAGGGACGCUUCCACCUGUACGAGGGAUACGCCAUCCAGAAGAUCACCCUGCCUAUGCGUAUCUUCAGCUUGCUGGGUGUAGAGACGGUCAUGCUGACCAACGCUGCUGGCGGUCUCAACCAGGACUUCAAAGUGGGAGACAUCAUGAUCAUGAAAGACCACAUCAACAUGCCCGGCUUUGCUGGCAGCAACCCACUUGCUGGAGCAAACGACGACAGGUUCGGUGUGCGGUUCCCCUGUAUGUCGGACGCGUACGACAGAGAGCUGCAGCAGCUGGCCGUGGAUGUGGGACAGGAACUAGGCUACGGUGACUUCCUGCGCGAGGGCGUAUACUGCGUCCUGGGCGGGCCCUCAUUCGAGACCAUCGCGGAGUGCCGCCUGCUGCACAAACUGGGAGCUGACGCUGUCGGCAUGAGCACGGCUCACGAGGUGAUCGCGGCGCGUCACUGCGGCAUGCGUGUGUUCGCCCUAUCCCUGAUAACCAACAGGGCUGUGAUGGACUACGACAGUGAGGAGAAGGCCAACCAUGAGGAAGUCCUUGAGACAGGCCAGCACCGCGCCAUCCAGCUGGAGAAACUGAUCUCUACCAUGGUCACCCGCAUGGAAUACAACAACACCAACGCCUAAAUGAACAAAUGGAACCAACCACCAAACUCAUCGAAAUAGAAUUCCUACAAUGGGAAUCCCAUUUAAGACAAUGGGUGGACUGGCGGCCAUUUUGAGUGUACCAAUAAAGUGUAAGUGAAAUUGCCUUGGUCUGAGGUGCAAAACCCAUUCUAGGAAUUCAAUUUCUAUGGUAAAACUGGCUCUGGAUCAGUAGAAACCGACCGCCUUGAAGUUAUGAAACCCAAUGACCUGCUUUUGACACAAGAUUGCCUGCUCUGAGAGCUGUGUGGAACAGUCACUUACUGGCUGACCUCUCACGCUCACAAUCCCACUUUUUAAAACAUUCUUCCCAUUUUCAAGACGAUGGUGUACAUUCCUGUCAUGCGCGACUCUACAGGCUGUCUCAAAAAUGUUUAUCGUUAUUAUUAUUGUCUAUUAUAAGUUGAUAAUGUUAACUUAAUAUUGAGCUGCAUGUGUAAAUGUCUUGAUUUAACUUAACAAUGAGAAAGCUAUCGAUCUGCUGUACAUGUCUUUUAACGUAUGUAUCCUGUCUAAUGUACAUUAGUUGUUGACAUAAAGUGUUAUUUUUGCUCUUGUUCUUUUUUUAAUAUGAAUGUGCUUACUAAAGUUUAUAUUUAUUCAUGUGAUCAA